AUGAGGCUUCCACUCGAAACUCUUCUCCUAAUUGUGCACCUCGUCCAUGUCACAAUUGCUGUGCCCGUGCCUGUUGCCCGCCGCAGCACAUCGUUUCGCGCCCUCCGUGGCUUGACGCCACUGGUCAACUCCUUCUCCAACGGCCACACGUACAAACACGCACCUACAAAGUACUUUUACGAAUCCACGUUCAAUUCACACUACGAUGGACGCUUUGCCUCCGCCGAGCUUCCCUUCCGGGAACGAGUAUGGAAUCUACGGCUGAUGCUCAAAGCAUACACCGAGACAAUGGACCAGAUCGGGAUCCAAACAUGGAUCAUGCACGGGUGUCUGCUCGGGUGGUGGUGGAACGGCGGCCUCAUGCCUUGGGACAAAGACCUCGACUUCCUUGUCGAAGAAGAAGGCAUGCAAGAGCUCGGCGAAUGGUGGAACAUGACCGUCCACCACUUCCCCGCCGCCUCCCUCGGUCUCGACGACGCCCACUCCGCCGAAAGCGACCACUGGGCUAGCGAGCGCCGUGCCACCCAAGAUGACGAGCCCAACCCCGAAGAAGAAGAAGACGACGCCGCCCGCUCCAAGCGCCUAGCCUGGGAACAAGAAGUGCGUGAACACGGCAAGAAAUACCUAUUGGAAGUAAACCCAAACUACAGCAACAAAUCCACCUCAGACAAAUACAACCUCAUCGACGCCCGCUGGAUCGACACCUCGAACGGCCUCUACAUCGACAUCACCACCUUACACGUCGCCCCUCUCACCUCCGCCCAAGAAUCCGACCUCAACAACGACGAUGACGACCCAUUCUCCCUCACCCCCUCCUUCACCAUCCAUCCCUCCGCCCACGAACCCGACCCAUACGCCGAAGAAAUCCAACUCUACGUCAAAGACACACACGCCUACCUCUCCUCGCAAAUCUACCCUUUACGCACCUCGUACCUCGAAAAAGUAGCAAUCAAAGUACCCUAUGCGUACGAAGAAGUCCUCAUAGAAGAAUACGGGGCAGAGGCGCUGACGGAGAGGUGGUAUAAUGGGUAUGCGUUUGACAAGGAGAAAGGGCAGUGGGUCGAGCGCAAUCCCAGUGUGGAGGAGGCGAGGUAUUUUCGGGCCAAGUCGGGGAGGUCGACGGGGAGGAGUGCGGGGACGGGGCGCAUUGGGCAUGGGUGGAGGGGAGAAGGGAGUUUGGGGAAUGCUUUGGAGGAAGGGGAGGGGCGGGGCGGGGGGUGA